GACUCUAAUUGGCUUCAUGCACCAGCAUGCACCCUCCGAAUAGUCGCCUUCCAUUGCGUCUAGGGUCCGACGUCUAGCCACUGUCAUAUCGAUCACAUCAUAGCCCGUGUAAAUGACUUUCGACAAGAGGAACGGAAAUUUGGGUCCCCGUAUAGUCCCGCAGCAAUUUACGGAUUUAUAGAGCCCGGCGGGCAAAGUUAAAGCUCAAACUCGACGCGAUCGAACUUUUAACAGUCCAACUUCCCUUGCCUUAGUCUCAUUCCCUAACUCUCAUCUUACCACCAUGAGUUACAACCAAGACAACGACUCCUACGGCUCUGGCCGUCGUGACCGCAAUGACGACAACGACAACAACUCUGGCUCCUACGGGGGGAGCGAUAGCUACGGCAGUGGCAAUCGUCGUGAACAGGGUGGAGACAACCAGGGAAACUCGGACAGUUACGGCUCGAAAGACAGAGACCAGUCUUCCAGCUAUGGCGCCAACACCGAUUCGUAUGGCAGCGGUAACAACAAGUCCUCUAGCGACAGUUACGGUUCGACGGAUCGUAACGAGAGUUCCUUUGGAGGCUCAGACUCGUACGGCAGUCGUGACAACGACCGCAACAAUAACCCUUCUUCCGCCAACUACGGCAGCUCCAACACCAAUAAGUCUUCCAACGACGAUUCCUAUGGAAGCUCGAAGAAGGAGACCUAUGGCGAUUCCGACUCAUAUGGUAGCAGCAACAACCCUUCGGACAAUGCCAACACGUACGGAUCCUCGAACAGCGAUUCGUAUGGGAGCUCGAAGAAGGAGACUGACAACUCUUAUGGCAGCGGUAACAAGAACCGCUCCGAGAAGGAUAACAACUAUGGAUCCUCCAAUAACGAUUCCUCCGACUACAACCGUCCCUCCUCCGACAACGACAACAAUCGUUCUUCCGACAACACGGCCAGCUACGGUUCCAGCAACACCGAUAAUUACUCUACAUCGAACACCGCCACCAGCAACAGCAAGAAAGACAACCGCGACGACAACGACAACGACAACUCCAAGCCGUCCUCUGGGGGGUAUGGAGGAUCGAAUUAUGGGGCUGGUUCUUCGGGUGGAGGAGAUUGGUUGGAGAAGGGUGUCUCUUUCGCCGCGCAAAAAGCUGGUUACAACAUCGACGCGGAGACUGCUGGCAAGAUUGGAGAUGGGAUUGGCGAUCAGCUCAAGAAAUUCACUGGUCGCGACAUCCCAGGUCUUAAGUGAAACCUUACGAUGAUGUUGCACGUAUUACAUUCUGGCGGGGUUAUAAGAUGUGAUCAAUGGGAAUUGUGCCUUACGCACUGGGGACUGCACGGACUUCACGAAGCUUAUUGAACUUGACCUAGCUAAGAGCGAAACGAUUGUAUUUCUUCGAGUUUCUUUGACUAUACCGAUCUCUUCUACUUCGU